UCGCUAUUCUUCCUUCUUUUUCCUUCUCUCUCCGGAAAAAAAAAAGAAAAAAGAAACGCCACCGAGAAAUGGCCCCCAAGGCAUCGUCCGGCCCCCGUCCGAAGAGAGCCUCCGCCAAAACCACCCCUAAAACCUCGGCUAAAACCGCCACUAGAACGUCCCCCAGAAUCAACGCUAAAAUCUCCCGUGAAGCUCCCUCUGAACCAACCCCAGAAACUGCCACCUCUUCAACCCCUGUCGAUACCACCCCUCAACCCGCUGCUGAAACCCCCAGCCAACCCACCCAGGAAAUCACCACCCCAAUUUCUCCUCCCGAACCUUCCGCAGAAGCCCCCUCCCAAAUCGCUCUCCCUGAAAUCGCCGCCGAACCCACGCAAGAAAUCACCUCCCCAACCGUUGUCCCUGAAACCAAUGUCGAACCCACACUAGAAAAUGGCUCUGAAACUGCCAGCGAAACAAAACCGGAAAUCACCGCACAUGCCACCCCGGAAACCACUGAUAAAGCCAAUCCUCCGGAAGAUACUAAUGACACCACUGCUCCGGAAACCGCUGAUGGAACCGCCAAUCCAGAUACCAUUGGUAAUGCCGUUGCUGAGGCCACCGGUCAGGCUACUACUAAAUCGGUAACCAAGAAAACCAUCAAGGUUGUGAAGAAGGUUAUCAAGAAGAAAGUUGUUCCUAAGCGGGUUGCAAAGGCUCCAGAUGCUCCUUCAAAUGAAGAGUUUAAGAAAGAAGAGGCAGAGCUCAAUCCUCUCACUAUGGUCCCGACUGAAAUAGAAAAGCCCCACGAGUCUGAGGCUUCCGAACCCGAAAACCCCGGUUCUGGUAUCAAAGAUGCUAGCCUUGAUUCAGUUGGAGCUCAGAGCAAUGGUGCUGAAGUUGCUGAUGGUGGGCCUGGUUCUGUUACCGAUAAUCCGGUUGAACCUUCCAAUGCUUAUUCUAUGGGGGCCAAGACUGAUGGAUGCAUGGCUGAAUAUGCUGAAUCAAGUGUUGCUGAUUGUGGCCCUGGUUCUAUUUUCGAUAAUCUGGUUGAAGCUUCCAAUGCUGAUUCUAUGGGUGCUAAGACUGAUGGGUGCAAGGCGGUAUGUGCUGAGUCUUGUGCUGGAGGCAAUGGGGAAGAUGUGGUGCCGAUGGAUGUAGUGGAGAAAUGUGAGGCUAGUGGUAAUAAGGAGGAAGAUGAGAAGUGUGACGGAGCGGUUAGGGACGAGGAAAUGGAGGUUUCCGAGAGGCGGAGAAGGAGGAGGACAGAGAUUUUUAUUGGGGGUCUGGAUAAGGAUGCAAAGGAGGAGGAUAUCCGGAAGGUUUUUGAGAAGAUUGGUGAGAUCGUGGAGAUUCGAUUGAUGAUGAACAGUCAAACAGGAAAAAACAAAGGCUAUGCAUUCUUGAGAUAUGCAUCGGCAGCUGAUGCUAAGAGAGCUUUGAUCGAAUACGCCAAAGUGGAGGUCUGCGGAAAACAAUGUGGUACAGCUCCAGUUGAGGGCAAUGACACAAUUUUUCUUGGCAACAUUGACAAGAAAUGGAAGAAAGAAGAUAUACUUAAGGUGUUGGAGGAAAUUGGUAUUGAGAAAAUUGACACAGUUACAGUUAUGCCUGAUCCUAGUAAUGCUGAGCGCAAUCGCGGGUUUGCAUUUAUUGAGCUUGAAACUAAUAGGGAUGCACAAAAUGCAUACAAGAAACUUCAAAAGAAGGAUGCUUUUGGAAAGAACCGGAAUAUAAGUGUUGCUUGGGCUGAACCUCUACAAGAGCCAGAUGAAGAGGAGAUGCUGAAGGUUAAAUCAGUUUUUGCAGAAGGUUUACCGACUUCUUGGGACGAGGAAAAAAUGAGGAAGCAUUUUAAAGAAUUUGGGGAGAUUGAGAAAGUUGUUCUUGCACGAAAUAUGCAUUCAGCUAAGAGAAAAGACUUUGCCUUCAUUAAUUAUACAACUCGUGAGGCUGCACUGGCGUGUAUAGAGUCAAUCAAUAAGGAGGGGUUGAUUGACGAGGGAUCCAAGGUGAAUGUAAGGGCAUCACUUGCAAAACCUGCACAAAAGGGUAAGCAAAGCAAGGGGGGCUCAAAACCUAUUUACAAGGAUAACUCAAAAGUGAAGCCAAAAGUUGCCCAACGGGAUACAAAUGUAAAUAUUUCCUCUGACAAAGGCAAAGCUAAAGGAGUUUUUGGGAAUAGCAGAGGGGAUAAAAAGUCUUCCACAACCAAUGACCUUAUACAAGUUCCAAGGGAGCAAGCCAAUUGGAGGCCCCCACAGAUAGGUUUGGUCAGAGGCUUUGUCAAUCAAGAUUAUGCAUACCCCAUGUCUGGAGUGAAGCGUCCAUUUUCUGCAUUGGAUGAUGAUAUGCAAUAUCUAGAUCGGAGAGUGUAUCCUUGUGUUCAUUUGGAUAGUUACUUCCCGGGAACAAGUUAUGGUGCACUCUCCCAAGGUGGGGGGACAUCCUUGCCCUAUUAUCAGCAAUCAAACAUUGGUCAUACAUCAGGCACAGUUUAUGGCGCUUCAGAGUAUUCAAGUUAUCUCCAGAGGAGACAAGGAGGUGCUCCAUAUGGAAGUGGACCAUAUCGCAGAUACUGACUAGCACAUUGGAUUCGGUUAGAAAUACUAAUUUAAUUAUUCAGUCACAAUUGAAGACAUCAAAGACAACAAUUUCUGCUGAUCAUCGAAUUUCAUUCUUAUCUGAUCUGGAUGUCAAAGUUUUGUAUAAAAUGCUCACAUGAACGCCAAUGAGCACAUGAGAAGUUCAAAUACUAAUUUUUUUGUUCCUUUUGGCCAUUUUCUUUUCUUUACCUUGUUUGUACAUCCAAACCAUUGGUUGAUUUUAUGAAAUUGAAAUUCGGGAUGACUUUUUGGUC